UGACAUUUUACAAUUAAUACUGGCGCGUGCACAAAAACUCUCACUUGUCUCCCUCUAAACCAUUAACUCAGAACGUUCAUAGCCUGCCGCGGCCGUCACCGUCACCGCCACCGAUAAUGGGUGUCGCGGAGCCACCGGCUGUGGAGAGAGAAGAAGUAGAUGAGACUCAAAUUGACGGCGGCUGCGGAAGGAGAGAUUUAGAGAGAGGUGAAGUCGCCGGCGGCGGCGUUAAUCCGGCAGAAACAACAACAACAACACAGAUAAAUCCACCCGGUGAUGUUCAUAUGUCAAGGAUGCAAAGAUUAAGCGCUACAAAUCCUCUUCGUCUUGUCAUAGAUAGCAACUUACGUGUCCCUACUCUCUCCCCUUCUCAGCCACGCGCCACCAAUUCCGCCCCAUCUCAACCUCGCGCCACCACUUCCGCCGCCGCUCAGACUCGCGCCGUCGUCGCCCCUCCUGCCCCUCAGGAAUCAAUAACUACACUCAAUUCAAGAUCAUACACCAACAAAUUCUCUCUAUUUCUGUUUCUUCUUCACUUGAUAUGUUCAGCUGGGUUAGUAUGCUUUCUUCUAUUCAAAGGAAUUCAGGGUUUCUUACAAGCUGGUCCUACAAAAAGAAAAGAGGAAAGGGUACUACAGUAUUUCCUUCCACAGGUAGAAGCAGCAUCACUUCUAAGCAUUUUACUAGCAUUUUCAUGGCAGAAAGCUGUAAGAACAUGGCCGAAUUUCAUGGUCCGCUUCAUAAUCUGGAGCACAUUUUUUCUCACGUUAGCUGCUGGAAUAUUGCUAAUCUGCUUCCAAAAACCCUCAACGGACGGAGUUGGAAUCGUCUUCAUCGCUUUUUCAAUCGGUACCGGUCUUUACGCUUGUUGGGUAACACCUCGAAUUGGGUUUUGUUGUAAGAUCUUGAUUCAAUCUCUAGAGCCGGUUUCAAAAUUCCCGGAUUUGAAUCAUCCUACUUAUUGGAUGCUUGCAAUUGGUUUCUUAUGGAUGUCAUUGUGGAUUUUUGCUGUGAUUGGAUCUUUGAAUUUCUACUUUCCUCCAUUGGUCAUAAUUGCUCUUUUACUGAGCUUGAUUUGGACUAUUGAAGUGAUGAGGAAUGUUGUUAAUAUGACAGUUAGUAGGGUUAUUGCUCUUUAUUAUCUUAGAGGGAUACAAUCCAACACUAAGUUUUGUUUCCAAAGAGCUGUUUCGAAGAAUUUAGGAAGUGCUUCUCUUGGUUCAUUAUUUGUGCCUUCCAUUGAAGCUCUGAGGAUUGUAGCUCGUGGUCUCAAUUUGCUUGAGGGAGAAGAUGAAUUCAUGUUUUCUUGUGCACAUUGCUGUCUUAGAGUUAUGCAGUCCAUCUUCAGAUAUGGCAAUGGCUGGGCUUAUGUACAGAUAGCAGCAUAUGGGAAAGGCUUUGUGCAAGCAUCACAAGACACUUGGGAGCUCUUCCAAAACGGAAAGAUGGAAUCAAUUGUCGAUUCAGAUAUGACGAGCGCUAUUUGCUUCCUAACCGGAGUAUGCAGUGGCUCGAUGUGUGUCAUAGUGGUUGCAGCCUGGACUCGAACCAUCUACCAGCCCUUUACCGCCACCAUCUCUCUUUUGGCCUUCAUCAUCGGCUACCUAAUGACUAGGAUUGCAAUGGCAUUGCCCCAUGCUUGUGUUAGCUGUUACUAUGUCUGCUAUGCUGAAAACCCUGAGAACAGGCUAUUCGAUAAAACUAUAUCGGAUCGCCUUGAAUUGAUCGAUUCUGGUCGAGAUGUGGUGGCCCCCACUCCAAGAGUUCCUCGUCGAUUUUCAACCAGGACCUAAUAUCAAGCUUCCGGGAUUAGUAUAUUGACCAUAGACGUUGAUGAAUGUGACUAAGAUUGUAAGAAAAGCUUGGAUGGGAAGGAGAAAUGUGCAUAUUUGGGGCAAUGAAUGUAUUAUUGUAUUUAGCCAUAGGCAUGUGAGAUACUUUAGGAUAUUCGGCUUUAACAAAGUUCAAUCAUUAUUAUUUAAUUUAUUUCGGUGGGGACCUUAGUUCUA